AUGGUGGAGAAGAAUAGAUCAACACACAAUCUAGUUUCAUCAGUUAAACGAGGUGCAAUUUUUAGUAGGCUUAGGAACCAGGAUGGCCAAUCAUGGAAGAGGAGAAACAGAGAUGGUCGGCCAUGGAGUUUGGAAUGGAGGAAGUUGCGGGAAAAUAACAGGGAUUUGGGGAAAGAAAGGAGAGAUGUGUGUAGACAAAUUGAUAGAUUUUCAAAAUCAAAUUCAAACCAAAAUUCCAAAUACCCUAAUCUCGGUUUUAAAGCAAGGGAGUUAAAUGGAUGGAGGCUUCUAAAACCAACAAUUGACCAGAAUUUAAAGUCAGAGGAACCAGUUUUUAAUGUUGUGAAGUCAAAUGGACAACAUUCUUAG